GUCCGGUGACUGUCAAUCAUAAAUCAGCAUACUGGUAGUACUUGUUUCUAUCUAACCUAAUUUGAAAUUUUUAAUGACUUAAUUCCAUCACAAUAAUGACUACGGAUGUAGAAAGAACAAAACUUGAACACAGAGCCAGAAAACGUAUCCGCGAGGUUAAGAGAAAAGCAAGACCAGAGCUUAAUGACAAAGGAGCAUGGUCCCUAAUUGGUUACGCGGUUCAAUUUGAACCCUUCAAAGAAGUAAAAGACACAGUAGAGAGAUUAGACGAGUCUUGCGUUUCUCCUGAAGAGUUUAUAGAGAAGUAUGAAAAGCCGUAUUUGCCAGUAGUGAUUCGAGGAUGUCAAGAAUCCUGGAAAGCCACCUAUAAGUGGACAUUAGAGCGGCUAGGCAAGAAGUAUCGCAACCAGAAGUUCAAGUGCGGAGAGGACAACCAAGGCUACAGUGUAAAGAUGAAGAUGAAAUAUUUCAUCGACUACAUGGCUGUGACUCAGGAUGAUAGUCCGUUGUACAUUUUUGACAGUAGUUUCGGAGAGCACGCAAGGAGAAAGAAGUUGUUGGAAGACUACACAGUACCUCUAUACUUCAGGGACGACCUGUUCCAACAUGCAGGAGAGGAGCGCCGACCGCCGUACCGUUGGUUUGUGAUGGGCCCGGCACGAUCUGGCACCGGCAUACACAUAGACCCUCUCGGCACUAGCGCUUGGAACGCUCUCAUAUCUGGGCAUAAGAGAUGGUGUUUGUUCCCCACGCACACUCCGAAAGAUCUGAUCAAAGUGACGUCAGCCGAGGGAGGCAAGCAGAGAGACGAAGCCAUCACGUGGUUCAAGGUCAUUUACCCUCGGACACAACUACCGUCUUGGCCACAGGACUGUAAACCUGUGGAGAUCCUACAAGGUCCGGGAGAGACGGUGUUCGUUCCUGGAGGCUGGUGGCAUGUCGUGCUCAAUCUGGACACGACCAUUGCCGUCACGCAGAACUUCUGCAGCAGGACCAACUUCCCCAUCGUAUGGCACAAGACGCUGCGUGGCCGACCCAAGCUGUCGCGCAAGUGGUACCGCAGACUGAAGGUGAAGGAACCCGAGCUGGCCGCCCUAGCAGACCAGGUGGACCUGAACCAAGACACUGGAGUGGCCAGUGACAGUUCCAGCUGCUCUAGCUCCAGCUCCAGCGACUCCAGUGAUUCCAGCAUGUCAGACAGCGACUCGGAUAGUGGGCAAGAAUCACUGUCGGCCAAGAAGAAGAGAAGGAAACUUUCUUCGCCUUCGAAGGCGAGGCCUACAUAACAACCACUUAGGAUGGUUUUCAAAAUGGACAGUAGGAGACAGCUAGACCAAAGGUAAGACCAGUUACCUCUCCGGACAACUCAACCGUGACUGACUAAGAGCUUCUUCCGACUACGAUGUUUGUAAUUUUAUAUCGUGUCUACCCUAAGUAUCGUAAACGCUUCAUAUCAUAUCCCUCAAAACCUGCUAGAGCUCGUGCGUUUCUUGGUGAAGCCUGG